AUGGUCAGCUCCUGUUGUGGCUCUGUCUGCUCUGAGGAGGGCUGUGGCCAAGGCUGCUGCCAGCCCAGCUGCUGCCAGACCACCUGCUGUAGGACCACCUGCUGCCGCCCCAGCUGCUGUGUGUCCAGCUGCUGCAGGCCCCAGUGCUGCCAGUCUGUGUGCUGCCAGCCUACCUGCUGCCGCCCCAGCUGCUGCCGCCCUAGCUGCUGUGUGUCCAGUUGCUGCAGACCUAGCUGCUGCCAGUCUGUGUGCUGCCAGCCUACCUGCUGCCGCCCCAGCUGCUGUGUGUCCAGCUGCUGCAGACCUAGCUGCUGCCAGUCUGUGUGCUGCCAGCCUACCUGCUGCCGCCCCACCUGCUGCCGCCCCAGCUGCUGCCGCCCCAGCUGCUGCAUCUCCAGCUGCUGUCAACCCUCCUGUGGUAGCUCCAGCUGUUGUGGUUCCAGCUGCUGCCGCCCUUGCUGCCGCCCCUGCUGCCGCCCCUGCUGCUGUCUGAGACCAGUCUGUGGUCAGGUCUGCUGCCAAACCACUUGCUACCGCCCCACCUGUGUCAUCUCCACCUGCCCCCGCCCCAUGUGCUGCGCCACCCCCUGCUGCUGCUGA